AUGCUUGACGCUAAAGGAAAGGCGAUUCUAGUGACUGGAUGCGAUAGUGGAUUCGGAUUUAUUCUUGCAAAGGAUUUGAAAAACAUGGGGUGCAAAGUUUUCGCCUCAGUAAUCAAUGAAAAAGGCGACAGUGCAAAAACCCUGAAGGGUAAUGGAAUCACUGUAUUUCAAUGCGAUGUUUCAAAAGAUCAAGAUAUCGAAAAACUCAUCGAAGUUAUCGAAAAGGAAUUGGACGGUAAACCGCUUUGGGGUAUCGUGAACAAUGCUGGCAUUUCUGCAUUCGGCGAUGUAGAAUGGACCUCGAUUGAAAUUUACAAAAAGCUCAUGGAUGUAAACGUGUGGGGAGUAGCGCGUGUCUCCAAGGCCCUGAUACCCUUGAUGCGGAAUGAAGGCGGCAGAAUUGUGGUCAUGGCGUCUGGGCUCGGCAGAAUUAUGCAACCGAGCAGAUCUCCUUACGCUAUUUCAAAGUGGGCUGUCGAAGCGCUCGGGGAAGCCCUAAGGCUAGAACUGCAUAAAUACAGUAUUGAUGUGUCGAUUCUGGAGCCGGGUAACUAUUUGGGAGGAACCCAAAUUUUGAACCCGGAGCGGAUCAAGGAACUAACCGAAAAGCUCUGGAGCGGUGUAGAUGACCGCACGAGGAAAUACUACCCAAGAGAUGUCUUUGAAAAAAGAGUUCAAGAGCUCACAGGGUCGUGUCAGAAUUCUCGAGAACAAUGA